AUGGCAUCCUUGUCAAUGUCCCUUCAUGCAGUCAACCAUCGAUUGACAAAUAUCCCCGUCAAACAGCUGCCUCCCCUCGCAUCAUGCCUGGCGACAUCCUUGAGCAAUUGCGGGGAGCUGCUCUCCUCGCCUCAGCAGCAAAAGUCGGCCAAGUCGGACUCGGACGAUGCGGUGCAAGUGCAUAAAUUGAUGACCCGGUUGGCAAGCUUGCUGCAAGAUCGAACUCCGGAAGGCCGAUGGACAGCCGUCGUGCUCGUGAAGGCCGUAGUGGAGGCCGGUCAAUGGGAAAUCCUGCGAGGAUGCGAGCCGUUUGUUCGCGGUCUUAUGGCGAUCUUGACGAAAGCCGACCCUACGUCGACCAAGAAGAUGGCCGUCAUCACCCUGACCAGAAUUUUCCACCUGACCUACCAGUAUCCUACCCUCGUGCGCGAAAUCACCACACCUUCUUUACCAGGGUUCGUCACCUCGGCUCUGAACCUGAUUUCGACCAAGCCCUCUUCCGAACCGAUCAGAACGCUGAAAUCCAAUGCAACACCCUUUCUGGAGAUCGUCCUGCACGCGUUUGGAGAGCUGAUCGGCCGGCAUCCUACGAUCUUCCGCCCAUUCUCGGCGCAGAUUCACAGUCUCCUGCAGAUAAUCAUCGGUUCGACCUCGCCAACGUUCCCCGAGUCAGUGGUGGCGCUUGCUGAGCGAUUGUUCGUCUUGCUUCAUAAUUGUGCCCCCAAGAAUACGUCAGGAGAGGAAUGGAAGAAUGCGUGCCACAUGACAAUUGCUUCUCUUCAUGGAACCGCGCAUUACGUCUUUCGAGCUGUGGUCGAGCAAUGGGAGUCCACUGACCCGUCGAUGCGGAAGAAUGCGGGACCGCAAGAUUAUACCCAAGAGGUGUGCGAUCUGGGCCCAGAUCCCCUGGGACUUCCAAGAUGGCAGGGAACUGGGCCGGGUGUGGAUAGACUCGUCGUGCUGCUGCGACUGCUAUCGGCUUUUCUGAACACUCCCUCGGCCUCUACCGUGUCUAUCCCCAUUGGAUCCAUCCUGGACUUAACUUCGCGACUGACAUCGGUGACCGUCCCGGCAAAUGGAGUCGAGGUCCAGACUAAUCCUCAGAUUGGUCGCGCGGAAAGAGAGAACCUAUUUGCUGAGCUCCCUCGCAUUCAUACCGCAUGUUUAAACCUGCUUGUAACUUUUGUGAAGAAACUGGAAACCGGCGCUGUCCCGGUAGGACAAACGAUUCUCGAACAGGCGCUCUGGGUCUUCCGAGCGGAAAAGUCCAGCCGGGAGGUUCGGACUGCUAUAUACGAUUUGAUCCGCGCCUUGUUUAUGCAUAUGGGCUCCUCGUUGACGAAACAAAGCGUAUCUUCUCUAACCAACCUAAUUCACACAUGCUGUUCUGAUCUCUUGCCCCCUGUGGGCGAUGAAAGUCCGUCGGCCAAACUCUCUGCUGAUUCGAAGGCUAAAUCCAAAAAUCAAGUCACGGCCAAUGCCGAUACUUUCUUGAACCCUGGCCUAAAAUCAGGCCGUCAACUGAGCCCAUCGUCAUCGUUCCCUGAUCUCAAACGAGCUGCCUCGGAAUUCAUUCCUGCCUUGCUCAUCAGUGUGCCCACUGAAUACCUCGCUCCGUCAUUGCGAGCCGAAAUCGACCGGACGAUCAUCAUGACAUCUGAUAAGAAUGCGAUGUUAGCUAGCGUUCUCAAUCCCGUUCCACCUGUGAAGGGCCGUGGAAUGGGCGCCAGCAUCAUUCCGUUUUUGGCUCGAGGCUAUGCCGCACAAAUGGAGGUGGAAGGGCUUAUCAGGCCCAGAAUGCCCGUGCUAACGAACGCAUCAUCCGGCCUUGGUGGAUAUGCUCAGAUCGACGAAGACGAAGAGGAUGAAGACGACAUGACUGUGCCAGCGUCUGUGCCUCACGCAGCACCUCUGAAUACAGGAUUUCUGAAACAGUCUGCCACUCCAAUUCUUCAGAACGAUCUGAUGGACAUCCAAGAGUCACAGCCGGCCGUGCCAUCUCUCAACAAGCGAAGCCACGGCGAUGAUCAACCCCAGCCUCUCACUACCCCAUCUAGCGCUGGCAAGACGGGACAAGCAAAUGGGCAGACUAAGAGGCCACGAGUUGAAAACGAGGUCGUCGCCGCUCCGAGCCAGCCUUCCGUGGAUAGAGCAUCGCCGGAUACAUUCACAGGCACCGCAGCUAUCCCGGUUCCUACUUCGUCGGCCACAUUCACCCAGGCUCCGCCCGCGCAGAUUGCCAGCGUCAAUACCUCAUCUACAACUACCGUUGGAGGUCCAUUGUCCGGUACAGCAGUAUCGCAGCCCAUGGCUUCAGCAGGCGACGACGAAAGCGACGAUGAACUGCCAACUCUCAAUAUGGACCCGGACACGGAUGAUGAGGACGAGGAGGACGUAACGAUGGGCGAGUCCUAA